AUGAGUUUUCAAAGUCCUUUUGCUUUGAAAGUUUAUUUUAUUUUGCUAUCGGUUUUGGCUGAGGCUUUGUAUGAUUACUUGGCUGUUGUGUGGACUUUAGCUCUUGCUGUUCCGGUGCUUGAAGAAAGCUAUGGAAUCGAGGCGCUUGGAAAGGCGGCUAAGAUUGUUAAGGGCAUGGAAAUGCAUGGAUUUCUUGUUAAUCUUGUGAUGACAAUUCUCUCUUUUAUUGUUCUACAGGGGUUUAACUUUCUGAAAUUCAAAGAUUUUGCAGCAGUUGAAGUGAUAAUUGGAUUGCUUAUAUUGAAUUCUCUCUGGCUAAUUAAGAUGUUUGGGUUGAUGGCAUAUACAGUUUUGUACUAUCAGUGCAAGAAAACUCAUGGAGAGGAAGUUGAAUUGCAAGGGGACUUGGAAUAUAGUAAAAUACCCAACUUUCAAUUUAUCACUGAAAAUAUUCCCUGCUGAGAAGAUCUUUUUUCUGUUUUCCUUC